AUGAGGCAGAGAGUGCCAUUAUGGCCUCUUCUGCUGCUGGCGGCAACCACGUUUCUUGCGAUCGACGUAUAUUCUCAAACAACCUGCAGGGAUUGUUCAAAUCGAGGAUGUUUCUGCGUAGGAGAGAAAGGGUCCAUGGGAGCUCCAGGACCGCAGGGACCUCCUGGUGCGCAAGGCAUUCGCGGUUUUCCAGGUCCUGAAGGAUUGGCAGGGCCAAAGGGACAAAAAGGAGCGCAGGGACCACCUGGACCACAAGGUCCGAAGGGGGAUCGUGGACCUAUAGGAGUACCCGGAUUCCCAGGUAAUGAUGGCGCGAAUGGACGACCAGGAGAGCCAGGUCCACCUGGUGCUCCCGGCUGGGAUGGAUGCAAUGGAACAGACGGAGCACCGGGAAUUCCUGGACGACCUGGACCACCGGGUAUGCCAGGAUUCCCAGGAGCUCCAGGAUUGGACGGAGUGAAAGGAGAGCCUGCCUUUGGUUAUGCUGGUUUACCAGGAGAAAAGGGAGAUAGUGGCAUGGCAGGUAUGCCAGGUCUUCCUGGGCCUCCUGGACGAGAUGGAUAUCCUGGAGAGAAAGGAGAUAGAGGAGACGUUGGACCUGUCGGCCCGCGAGGACCUCCUGGAGAAGUUGGGGUUCCAGGCAACCCUGGAAUUGGGAGCAUCGGACCAAAAGGAGACCCUGGUGAUAUAGGACACCAGGGACCGCCCGGCCCUCCUGGGCCUCGCGAGUUCACAGGAAGUGGCUCGAUUGGAGACGUGGGAGCUCAAGGGCCACGGGGACCUCCUGGUCCUAUUGCGUCCACUAUGGCGAAGGGAACGAUAGUCGGUCCUAAGGGAGAUGUAGGAGAGAAGGGAGAGAAGGGUGAACCGGGAGAAGCUGGUCCAAGAGGUUAUCCAGGAAAUCCCGGGCUACCUGGUCAACCCGGACUUCCUGGAAUGAAAGGAGAAAAAGGCUUGUCGGGACCUGCAGGGCCAAGGGGCAAAGAAGGACGACCUGGUAAUCCUGGGCCUCCAGGAUUCAAAGGAGAUCGUGGUCUCGACGGAGUUCCAGGAUUUCCUGGCAUGCCAGGUCAAAAGGGUGAGGCAGGAUACCCUGGAAGAGAUGGACCGAAGGGAAACAUGGGUCCUCCUGGACCUCCUGGAGGAGGUUCGUUUACCGAUGGCCCUCCAGGUCCACCAGGAUUACCUGGACGUCCCGGAAAUCCUGGACCACCAGGAAGCGAUGGAUUCCCCGGUACACCGGGUCCUGCCGGUCCUCUUGGGCAGCCCGGCGGUCCAGGAGCUCCUGGCUUGCCUGGUCUCGAAGGUCUUCCAGGUCCUAAAGGUGACAAAGGAGAGAGCGGUAUACCUGGUGCUCCUGGUGUUACCGGUCCACCUGGGAUGACCGGAGCUCCUGGACCCAAAGGAGAGCCUGGCGCUCGAGGAAUACCUGGGCAAAGCUUUCCUGGCUUGCCAGGAAAGGAUGGGAGACCUGGCUUUGAUGGCGCACCAGGCAGGAAAGGAGAACAGGGCGCUCCAGGUGUGAGAGGUCCUCCUGGAGAUUCCUUGAAUGGUUUACCUGGACCACCUGGUCUUCGUGGACCCGUUGGUCCAAAGGGAUAUGAUGGACGAGAUGGAGUGCCUGGUCUGCCAGGUGUUCCUGGUCAAAAAGGAGAACGUGGGGGAACAUGUUCAGUUUGCGCUCCUGGAAUGAAAGGAGAGAAAGGCAAUCCUGGGUAUGCCGGACAACCUGGUCCGCAGGGAGACCGUGGACUUCCGGGAAUGCCAGGUCCCAAUGGUGACCCUGGUGAUGACGGUCUACCUGGUCCUCCUGGUCGUCCUGGUGCUCCUGGACCACCUGGGCUCGACGGUCUUCCAGGGCUUCCUGGGCAGAAAGGAGAACCGACGCAACUUGUUCUCCGACCUGGACCUCCUGGCUAUCCUGGAAUGAAGGGAGAACCUGGCUUUCCCGGUCUACCAGGAAGUGACGGAAUACCUGGAACGCCUGGACUUCUUGGCCCACCUGGCUUGCCAGGAAUGCCUGGAGAGAAGGGUGAAUCAGGAUCGCCUGGUCUUCCCGGUAAACCUGGGAAAGACGGCUUGCCCGGACUCCCCGGUUUCAAAGGCGAACCUGGAUACGGACAGCCAGGCCUGCCUGGACUCGCUGGACAAAAAGGAGAAGCUGGACCACCGGGAGUUCCCGGGUUACCUGGUGUACAAGGUCCUCCUGGACCUAUUGCUCCUGCUAGCAUUGUUAAAGCUGGAACACCCGGCAGACCCGGGGCACCUGGAAGACCUGGAUUGAAAGGUGAAGCCGGUUUCCCUGGAAGACCCGGUGAUGGAGGGUCACCGGGGCUUCCCGGCGUGAAUGGACGCAAAGGAGAGAGUGGCUUACCUGGACCACCCGGUCAACCUGGCAUACCUGGCGUACCAGGAGAGAAAGGACUUGCUGGUCUUAACGGUCUCCCUGGAAUUCCUGGGCCAAAAGGGGAGCCUGGUCAUCCAGGUUUGCCUGGAUUACCUGGAAUGAAAGGAGAACAAGGAGCCUCUAUGACUGGACCACCGGGCCCACCAGGUUUCCCGGGUCUUAAAGGAGAUUCCGGACCCCCUGGUCCACCUGGUCUACCUGGACUUGACGGCCAACGCGGUAUCGCUGGAGCACCUGGUCUUAAAGGUGAUGCAGGGUUCGCAGGACAACCUGGACAACCUGGAUAUCCCGGACAAAAAGGAGAACCUGGACUUCCUGGCAUGCCAGGAAAAGAAGGUACACCAGGAGCACCUGGAGCGGAUGGAAUUCCUGGUCUGACUGGACAGAAGGGCGAUGCUGGACUACCAGGUCUACCUGGGGUGGAUGGGCAAAAAGGAGAUGCAGGACUUCCUGGCCCACCAGGUCAACCUGGAUUGGAAGGUGCUCCUGGCUAUCCAGGUCAAAAAGGAAUGAAUGGUAUUCCUGGAGUCCCUGGAAGCAAAGGAGAUGCCGGAUUACCUGGGCUAUCCGGACAACGUGGAAUGAAAGGAAAUGCUGGUCUUCCUGGUAUGCCAGGUUUACCAGGAAUGAAAGGUAAUGCAGGACUACCUGGACCACCCGGCAAAGAUGGGUAUCCUGGGCUCCCAGGCAUGAAGGGAGAUCGUGGAUUCAGUGGGCUUCCUGGAGAAAAAGGAGUGCCUGGACUAGCUGCUGCUGAUGGAGCAAAAGGAGAGCAAGGACUUCCCGGUCAGCCAGGUCUACGCGGACCCCAAGGUCCACCUGGGCUGUCUGGCAUCCCAGGAGCCAAGGGAGAUUCUGGACUACCCGGGUAUGGACAACCUGGCGUUAAUGGUGAGAAAGGUUUGCCGGGGAUUCCUGGAAAGAUGGGACGAUCGGGACCUCCUGGACCUCCAGGACAGGAUGGCUUACCUGGUUUCCCCGGACUAAAGGGUGAACCGGGUUUCCUUGGACAAAGCGGCGUUCCUGGCAAAGAUGGGUUCCCAGGUAUGCCUGGUCUCAAGGGUGAGAUUGGAGCUACUGGAGCUCCAGGGCAACCAGGCGCUUCCGGCCAACAAGGAACCCCAGGCGUCCCCGGAAGUCGCGGUGACAAGGGAAGUCCUGGUUUGCCCGGCCUGCCAGGUGAACGUGGACUUGACGGAAUCCCCGGUCUCAAAGGAGACAUUGGACACUCUGGCCAACCUGGCCUUCCCGGACUUCCUGGACCUAAAGGAAGUGCUGGAGCGCCAGGAUUUCCUGGUUUGAAGGGAAAUGCCGGAUUUCCCGGAAAAGAUGGUCUUCCUGGUCUUCCCGGGAUGAAAGGCGAUGCUGGAUAUCCUGGAGAACCUGGUCAUGAUGGAUCGGAUGGCGUUCCAGGAGAAAGAGGAGCUGCUGGACUUCCCGGUCUUCCAGGACCACCAGGGCAAUCAUUCCCUGGGCCUCAAGGACCAACUGGCCCACCUGGGCUACCUGGAAAAGAUGGUCUUCCUGGCUUGCUAGGUCCAAAGGGAGAAUCCGGUCAACCAGGCUUCCCUGGAACACUAGGAAUGAAAGGGGAACCCGGAUUACCAGGGUUCCCAGGACAGAAAGGUGAACCAGGGAAAACUGGCGUUCCUGGGAAGCGUGGAAACGAUGGAUAUCCUGGCAUACCUGGGAAGGAUGGACUGCCGGGUCUUCCUGGACUCAAAGGAGAAGUUGGAGCUCCUGGACCUCAAGGCUCACCUGGAAUACCUGGUCUUCCGGGCAUGAAAGGAGACAACGGCCUUCCUGGUUUCCCUGGACAAAAAGGCGAAUCUGGCAAACCUGGAGUCCCUGGUCAACCUGGAUUACCUGGAAUUAAAGGAGAUGCAGGUUUCCCUGGUCAACCAGGUCGCGAGGGACAGCCUGGCUCAGAUGGGCCUCAAGGGCCUCCUGGUUUGCCUGGCCCCUCUAGUAUUGUCGUACCUGGCGUGAAAGGAGAGCCAGGUCUUCCUGGCGUACCUGGAAUACGUGGGGAAAAAGGACUUCCCGGACUUGAUGGACCACCAGGUUUAGACGGUCCCCCUGGAACGCCAGGUUCUCGUGGAAGUGACGGAUUCCCUGGUCAACCAGGUUUACCUGGUGAGAAAGGCAUGGCAGGGCUUCCAGGACUUCCUGGUCUUGAUGGAGCCCCUGGCGCUCCGGGACAACCAGGAUUUCCAGGAGCACCCGGCCCUUCUGGGCCUUCGUACAGGGACGGCUUUCUGCUUGUGAAGCAUUCUCAAACUACCGAGAUCCCUCGUUGUCCUGAUGGUCAAACGAAACUUUGGGAUGGUUAUUCGCUGCUAUACAUUGAAGGGAACGAAAAGUCUCACAACCAAGACCUUGGUCAUGCUGGUUCAUGUCUGCAGCGAUUUUCAACAAUGCCGUUUUUAUUCUGCGACUUCAACAACGUGUGUAAUUAUGCAUCACGAAAUGACAAAUCUUAUUGGCUCUCCACCACCGCACCAAUACCAAUGAUGCCUGUCAGCGAGGGAGAAAUUGAGCGCUACAUCUCUAGGUGUUCCGUAUGCGAAGCGCCGGCAAACGUCAUUGCUGUACACUCACAAACGAUACAAAUUCCAAACUGUCCUGCUGGCUGGAACAGUCUGUGGAUCGGAUACUCCUUCGCUAUGCAUACUGGAGCUGGUGCUGAGGGAGGAGGACAAUCUCUCAGCUCACCUGGGUCCUGUUUGGAAGACUUCCGAGCAACGCCCUUCAUAGAAUGCAAUGGAGCAAGAGGCACCUGCCACUACUUUGCUAAUAAGUUCUCCUUCUGGCUAACAACCAUUGACAACGAUCAGGAGUUCAAGAUUCCUGAGAGUCAAACACUUAAAUCUGGAAGUUUACGCACUCGAGUAUCGCGGUGUCAAAUUUUUGAAGAACUGCCAUAA